UGUUUUCAAUGAAGAAAAACGAUUUCAAUUCAUCGAAUUUUUUUAUGAAUGGAAAAUGUAUUCUGGUUUUUGUUUUCUUCCUCGUUUGAUUGAUAUGUAAUGAGCUUUUGGUUCUAAGAUCUUUAGCUCUAUGAUUAGAUCUUUUGCAUUUUUGAACUGGAGCCAUUGAUGGAAUGCAAGCUUAUCUGAUUCAAUUGCAACACUUGCAACAGUGACGAUCUUACUUUUUUUUUUUUUUCAAUCUAGAGCAUUGGAUUCAUAUUUAUAUAUAGGAUAAUGGAUGUGACUUGGUUCUCAAUUGACUGCUUGUCUUUAUUCUAUCACGUUUUUCUUUUUUUCAGUUCCGAAUCACAGCGAAUACCUAACUCCUGCUUGUUCUUCAUUCUUAGUAGUACAAUCUGCUUUGCAUUUUUUUCAAGCUUGCCAUUUUUUUUGUCUUUCUCAUGAUGGUCUGUUUGGUGGCUGAGAAAAUGUAGGAUGGAAGAAAAGAAGAUUUCGAUUUCUGACAGCUGUACUAUUUUUUUACUUGGUCGAAUUGAAUUCUAGUUCACUGACGAUCUUAACCCUGAGAAGAAAAUCGAGGCCUAGUUCUUAGGAUUCUUGGUGUCAAUAAAUUAGAGACACUUAAUUGUCUGGUGUAUGUGCACCGAAAAAAUUAUUCCACCAUGCAAUGUUAAAGAAACGCUACCUAAUCCGAGGAUUAGUUGUCAGUUUGCUGUUUCAUAUCUCAACAGCCUCCCAAUUUUAAUUAAUGUUUUUAUUUUAAUUUUUUGUUGUUCCUCCAUGAAUUUAUAAGACUGGGCUCUAGCUUUUUGGAGAGUUGCUUCAGAGUCCUUAAAGGAAUGUGGUUAUUUUUCCAGACUGAAUAAGUGAGGUAAUAAAGAGGAUUUAAGUGAUGGACCGCCGUUGGCCUUGGAAGAAAAAAUCAUCUGAUAAAGGUGAUAAAGCUGCUGCUGCAGCGGCUGCUGCAGCAGAUGCUGCUGCUGCUACUUUGGCUUCAGCUGCAUCUCAAGGCGAUCAGGAGACCUACAAAAAACCAAAGUAUGUUCAAAUUUCAGUGGAAUCAUAUUCACAUCUCACUGGUUUGGAGAAUCAAGUGAAAACAUAUGAGGAACAAGUUCAGACAUUGGAGGAUGAGAUUAAGGACUUGAAUGAAAAGCUGUCUGCAGCCAAUUCAGAGAUUGAUACCAAGGAAGACCUGGUGAAACAGCACACUAAAGUUGCAGAAGAAGCAGUCUCGGGUUGGGAAAAGGCUGAAGCAGAAGCCUUGGCAUUGAAAAAUCAUCUGGAAUCUGUUACGCUUUUGAAGCUCACAGCUGAAGAUAGGGCAUCCCAUUUGGAUGGUGCUCUUAAAGAGUGCAUGAGGCAAAUCCGAAAUCUGAAGGAAGAACAUGAACAAAAGUUGCAAGAUGUGGUAAUUAGCAAAAACAAGCAAUGUGAAAAGAUUAAGCUUGAGCUUGAAGCUAAGAUUGCUAAUUUAGACCAAGAACUCCUUAAGUCUGAAGCUGCAAAUGCAGCAAUUUCAAGGUCUUUGCAAGAACGUGCUAACAUGCUGAUCAAGAUUAGUGAAGAAAAAACACAAGCUGAGGCUGAGAUUGAGCAUUUGAAGGGUAACAUUGAAUCAUGUGAAAGGGAAAUAAAUUCGCUGAAGUAUGAACUCCAUGUAGUUUCCAAAGAGCUGGAAAUUCGUAAUGAAGAAAAGAAUAUGAGCAUGAGGUCUGCAGAAGUAGCUAACAAGCAGCAUAUGGAGGGUGUCAAAAAAAUAACAAAGCUAGAAGCAGAAUGCCAAAGAUUGCGUGGUCUUGUGCGGAAAAAGUUGCCUGGUCCUGCUGCACUUGCCCAAAUGAAGCUAGAGGUUGAGAGUUUAGGACGGGAUUAUGGAGAUACUCGACUAAAGAGGUCUCCUGUACGGCCUUCUACUCCACACCUGUCCACAGUGACUGACUUUUCCCUUGACAAUGCACAGAAAUUCCAGAAAGAGAAUGAGUUUCUCACAGAACGUUUAUUGGCAAUGGAAGAAGAAACAAAGAUGCUGAAGGAAGCUUUGGCAAAGCGUAACAGUGAGCUACUGGCUUCUAGGAAUCUGUGUGCUAAGACAUCUAGCAAGCUUCAAACUUUAGAAGCACAACUUGCCAUCAGCAACCAACAGAGAAGUCCCUCGAAAGCUAUUGUUCAGAUUCCUGCAGAAGUUUACUCAAGUCAAAAUGCUAGCAAUCCACCAAGUGUGACUUCUGUGUCUGAAGACGGAAAUGAUGAUGACAGGAGCUGUGCUGAGCCAUGGGCAACAGCUUUGAUGUCUGAGCUCUCUCAAUUCAAGAAGGAAAAGAAUGUUGAGAAGCGAAAUAAAACUGAAAAUGCGAAGCACUUGGACCUAAUGGAUGACUUUCUGGAGAUGGAGAAGUUGGCUUGUUCUUCAAAUGAUUCAACUGCAAAUGGUGCAAUCACCAUUUCAGAUUCUACAAGCAAUAAGAUAUCUGAAUCUGUUAAUGGUGAUGCUUCAGGAGAGAUUUCUUGCAAGGAACUCCAGUCUGAAAAGCGGCAUGUUCUGUCUCCAUCAGUAAAUCAGGUAUCUUCUAAUAUGGAUUUAUCAGUAGUGUAUCCUGAAUCUGAUGCAGACCAAUUGCCAGUUAUGAAACUUCGAACAAGGCUCUCUAUAGUGCUUCAGUCUAUGUCUAAGGAUGCUGAUGUGCAGAAAAUUCUGGAGGACAUCAAAUGUGCUGUGCAGGAUGCACGUGACACCCUGAGCCAGCACUCUGUAAAUGGUGUCUCUGAGGAAGUGCAUGGUUCUGAUGGCACUGGCAACGGGCAGGCUUAUAAUGGAGUUGGUAGUUUAACUGCAGAGAAGGAAAUUGCUAUAUCUCCUGGUGAUAAGGUGGCUUCAAAAAUUGUGCAAACUCUAAGUCAAGAAUUAGCUGCUGCGAUUUCUCAGAUUCAUGACUUUGUACUGUCCCUGGGAAAAGAAGCAAGGGCAGUUGAUGACAUAUGUUCUGAUGGCAAUCGAUUAAGCCAAAAAAUUGAGGAGUUCUCUGUCACCUACAAUAAGGUCUUAUGUAGCAAUGUGAGUUUGAAUGAUUUCAUAUUCGAUCUUUCUACUGUUUUAGCCAAAGCCAGUGAUCUACGAUUCAAUGUGCUGGGCUAUAAGGAUAAUGAAGAGGAAAUCAACAGUCCUGAUUGCAUUGAUAAGGUUGCUUUACCAGAGAAUAAGGUGAUUCAAAAGGAUUCAUCAGGAAGGAGAUAUCAAAAUGGCUGUGCCCACAUUUCAAAUCCUACUUCCAAUCCUGAGGUUCCUGAUGACGGAAACCUGGUCUCUGACUAUGAAUCAAAACAAUCGAGCAAAUUCUCUUCAGAAGAGUUUGAAGAAUUGAAGUUGGAGAAAGAAAACAUGGCAAUGGAUCUUGCUCGCUGUACCGAAAAUCUGGAGAUGACUAAGUCCCAAUUACAUGAAACUGAACAGCUUCUAGCAGAAGCUAAAUCUCAAUUGGCUUCUGCUCAAAAGUCAAAUAGCUUGGCUGAGACACAGCUCAAGUGCAUGGCAGAGUCUUAUAGAUCACUUGAAACACGUGCUGAUGAGUUAGAGACUGAGUUGAACCUUCUCCGUGUAAAAAUAGACACUCUGGAAAAUGAGCAUCAAGAUGAAAAGAGAAGUCAUCAUGAUACUUUAGCCAGAUGUAAGGAACUAGAAGAGCAAUUGCAAAGGAAUGAGAACUGUUCUGUUUGCGCUGCUGCAGCUGAUAAUGACCUCAAGAACAAGCAGGUGAGGGUAUAUUUCAACUUGUGUAUCUUAAGAUGGAUCUUGCCAGACCCACUUAAAUAUCUAAUAUUACUAUCAAGAAAUAUAAUAUAUUCAUGUGUCAACAAGCAGCAAAAUGAUUGACAGAUAGUUAAAGUAUUGCCUUAGAAAAUUCCAUACGCCCAUUGCCUUUACCUGAUAUGAGAUAGUCAGAUCUUCAAGAAGAACUUUAAGUCAAUACACAUGAAUGUAGAAUAUUAGACAAAACUGUUUAUUACCAUGAACCUGCUACUUUCACUUUUAUGAAGUUGUGUAGUCUUGUGUACAUAUUUGUUACUGAAACCUUUUUUCUUAUUUAUACAUUGUUUUUUCUACUUUCAUCUGUUAUGUGUAGCAUAGCAUGAUUCCUUCUUAAGUGUAACAUGGAAAUAACAUAUAAUUAUAAAAGAAAAGCCAACAAUAAAAUAUUUAAGUGCUUGUGGGGCACUACAUCGUGAACUUAUUAUUGUUACGUUAGUGGCAGCCCAAUCUCUCAUCCCUUAUCUAGUCUCUGGUUAAAGUCAACCAUUGCACCUAAUGUGUUGUUGUUAAUAAAUGUUUAACUUCUGCUCUUGUAAUAUUAUAUACUCACCUUAGCCAUAAAUUACUGGUGUUAAAGCGGAUUCUUA